AUGGCGCCGUUCGACCUCGAUGCGUGUAUACAGCAAUUACUUCGAAAGCAACUCCUGCAUGAAGCACUUCUACGCGAAAUAUGCGAGAAGACGAAGGAGAUUCUCAUGCGUGAAUCAAACGUCGUGCACAUUAGUGCGCCGGUGACCGUAGUGGGAGAUAUCCAUGGCCAGUUCUACGACCUAAUAGAGAUCUUCCGAAUAGGCGGUUAUGCCCCCCACACGAAUUACUUGUUCCUAGGGGACUACGUGGACAGAGGUCUCUUCAGUGUAGAGACAAUAUCCCUCCUCACCUGCCUCAAACUACGUUAUCCUGAUCGCGUACAACUCAUAAGAGGAAACCAUGAGUCUAGAGCCGUUACACAAUCCUACGGCUUCUACAACGAAUGCGUACGCAAGUACGGCUCAACACAUGUCUGGACGUAUUUUACCGACAUGUUCGACUUCUUGACACUCUCAGUCGUCAUCGAUGAUCAAAUAUUCUGCGUUCACGGCGGACUAUCCCCUUCAAUACACUCAAUCGACCAAAUCAAAGUAGUUGACCGUUUCAGAGAGAUCCCGCACGAGGGUCCCAUGGCUGACCUGGUAUGGUCGGAUCCCGACCCGGAGAAAGAAGAUUUCGCAAUAUCACCCCGUGGUGCAGGGUACACGUUCGGUGCAGGGGUCGUUCACAAAUUUCUCGAAAUUAACGGAAUGUCGCACAUCCUCAGGGCUCAUCAGCUUUGCAUGGAGGGAUAUAUUUCGCUGUUUGAUCGCCAUCUAUCGACUGUUUGGUCCGCGCCGAACUAUUGUUAUCGAUGUGGAAAUUCAGCCAGCAUCCUGGAGGUCGGCCCCGGGGUUUCGAUGCAUUUCAACGUGUUCGAGGCCGCGCCGGAGAACGAGAGAGAUGGACCUAAUCAACACAAUAACCAAAAUACGAACAAGCUCCCGGAGUACUUUCUGUAG